AUUCAAUACCUCUUAUGGAGAGUCAUGACAGGACUCAAUGCGUCCAUUUCAAUAUCUUUUCUGCCAGUUGGACACACAAAAUUUUCUCCUGACUGGUGCUUCGGACUAUUAAAGCAAAAAUUCCGUAAAGCAGAGGUGGACUCAUUGGAUGACUUCAUUCAAGUUGUAGAACAAUCAUCUGCUGUGAACAAAACCCAACCAGUAGGAAGUAGCAAUGGUGAACUCAUUGUAGAAACACUUGACUGGUGUAGUUACUUUGCUACAUUAUUCAAGAAAAUAAAAGGCAUCAAAGGCUUUCAACACUUUGUUGUAAAUGCGACCUCACCUGGUGUAGUUGCAGCCAGACAAGCUGUAGAUGGCCAAGUCACACAAUUCAAUUUGCUGAAGGAGGACGCUCAAAUAAUGGAAGAUGAACUACCUAAUAUAUUACCACCAAAGGGUAUGUCAACUGAAACGAAAUGGUAA